AUGGAGGUCCUGCCCGCCGGCGGGGGCCGGACGGGGCUCCCGCAGCCUGAGGUGAGGCCGGAGGACGCGGGCCCCAGAGCGCCCCUGGUUGUAAACCUGCCAGGGGCGCCCCCGGUGGAGCGAGCGCGGGGCUCCCGGGACUCCUGGGAAGGCGAGGAGGACCCGGAGCCCGCCGAGCCUCGGGGCAGCUGCACGGCGUCCCUGGUGAGCGGGUUGCUCACAGAGCUGUACAGCUUCACGGAGGAGGAGGAGGCGGCCAGCGGGGGCCGCGGGCCCGGGGGCCGCCAGCGGCGCCGAGACAGCCUCGACAGCUCCACGGAGGCCUCGGGCUCCGACGUGUUCCUGGGCGGCCGCGGCGGCGCCGGAGACUCCCGUGUGCUGCAGGAGCUGCAGGAGCGGCCGAGCCAGCGGCACCAGAUGCAGUACCUGUGGCAGAAAGACACAAAUGAACUGAAGAUGAUCCUUCGAGAGCUAAAGUACAGGAUUGGCGUUCAAUCGGCGAAAUUACUCCGGCAGCUGAAGCAGAAAGAUAGGCUUGUGCACAAAGUACAGAGGAACUGCGAUGUUGUGACAGCGUGUCUGCAGGCUGUGUCUCAGAAGAGAAGAGUUGACACAAAGUUGAAGUUCACACUUGAGCCAUCUUUAGGUCAAAAUGGUUUUCAGCAGUGGUAUGAUGCGCUCAAAGCAGUCGCCAGACUAUCAACAGGAAUACCAAAGGAAUGGAGGAGAAAGGUUUGGUUGACCUUGGCAGAUCAUUAUUUGCACAGUAUAGCCAUUGAUUGGGACAAAACCAUGCGCUUCACUUUCAAUGAAAGGAGUAAUCCUGAUGAUGACUCGAUGGGAAUUCAGAUAGUCAAGGAUCUUCACCGCACAGGCUGCAGUUCUUACUGUGGCCAGGAGGCUGAGCAGGACAGGGUUGUGUUGAAGCGGGUUCUGCUGGCCUACGCCCGAUGGAACAAGAAUGUCGGGUAUUGCCAAGGCUUUAACAUCCUAGCUGCACUAAUUCUGGAAGUGGUGGAAGGCAAUGAAGGCGAUGCUCUGAAAAUUAUGAUUUACCUUAUUGACAAGGUACUUCCUGAAAGCUAUUUUGUCAACAAUCUCCGGGCACUGUCUGUGGAUAUGGCCGUCUUCCGAGACCUCUUGAGACUGAAGCUCCCUGAAUUAUCUCAGCACCUGGAUACUCUUCAGAAAACUGCAAACAAGGAAAGUGGAGGUGGAUAUGAGCCCCCACUUACGAAUGUCUUCACGAUGCAGUGGUUUCUGACUCUCUUCGCUACGUGCCUCCCUAACCAUACGGUUUUAAAGAUUUGGGAUUCAGUCUUCUUUGAAGGUUCGGAAAUCAUCCUAAGGGUGUCGCUGGCUAUCUGGGCAAAACUGGGAGAGCAGAUAGAAUGUUGUGAAACAGCAGAUGAAUUCUAUAGCACCAUGGGGCGCCUUACCCAGGAGAUGCUGGAGAAUGAUCUUCUGGAAAGCCAUGAACUCAUGCAGACUGUGUAUUCUAUGGCUCCAUUUCCUUUUCCACAGUUGGCAGAGCUGAGGGAAAAAUACACCUACAACAUUACACCAUUCCCAGCCACAAUUAAGCCCACCUCAGUUUCUGGACAACGUGGUAAGGUCAGAGACAGCGAUGAAGAGAAUGACCCAGAUGAUGAAGAUGCUAUUGCUAAUGCAGUGGGGUGUCUCGGACCUUUUAGUGGGCUCCUGGCACCUGAACUGCAGAAGUACCAAAAGCAAGUUAAAGAACCAAAUGGGGACCAGAAUCUGAGAUCCAAUAACAUUGCGGAGCUGAGUCCAGGAGCGAUCAAUUCCUGCCGAAGUGAAUACCACGCAGCUUUUAACAGUAUGAUGAUGGAACGCAUGACCACAGAUAUCAACGCGCUGAAGCAGCAAUAUUCUCGGAUUAAAAAGAAGCAGCAGCAGCAGAUUCAUCAGGUGUAUAUCAGGGCAGACAAAGGGCCAGUGACCAGCAUUCUCCCAUCUCAGGUAAACAACUCUCCAGUUAUAAACCACCUUCUUUUAGGAAAGAAGAUGAAAAUGUCCAACAGAGCUGCCAAGAAUGCUGUCAUCCACAUCCCUGGUCACACAGGAGGCAAAAUAUCUCCUGUCCCCUAUGAAGACCUUAGGACCAAGCUCAAUUCUCCAUGGCGAACUCACAUCCGGGUCCACAAAAAGAACACGGCGAGGACCAAGAGUCAGCUGGGCUGUGGGGACACCAUCGGGCUGAUAGACGAGCAGAAUGAGGGCUGCAAGACUCACAGUCUGGGGGCAGUGCAGGCAUUUUCCCCCGAUUGUGCGGGGGAAGCUCAAAGGGAAGGUGGCAGCUCCGACGGCGGCACUGGGAGGACCAUCGAAGGGCAGUCUCCAGAGCCGCUGUUUGGGGAUGCUGAUGCUGAUGUGUCUGUGGUCCAGGUGAAGUUAGAAGCCUUGGAACUGAACCCAAGGGAUGCUGCUGCUGAAACUGAUCCCAAGGUGCACCUGCCCUGCCAGCAGCACCUCCCGGAGCCUCCGGAUGCACCCGGAGGAAACAAGGCCCCUGGCAAGUCUCCCCAAGGCAGCCACCCGAAAACUCCCAUCUUUAGCCCCUUUCCCAGCGUCAAGCCACUGCGGAAGUCAGCCACUGCCAGGAAUUUGGGAUUAUAUGGUCCUACAGAAAGAACCCCAACCGUGCACUUUCCUUACAUGAGCAGGAGCUUCAGCAAGUCCAGCGGUGGAAACAGUAGUACUAAGAAACGGUGACAUCUUUCAGCAACUGUGUAUCCACAUUCACCUCUUCAUGGUGGCAGAAGGGUUCCAGCCGGAUGGCUCCAAGAGAGCUUCAGUUGUCCAUUGAAAACGAAGAGAUAGAUAGGUUCAGAGAUGAGCAACGGUCCAUAAAAAUGGGAAUUGGAAAUUUUAUAAUGGGUGCUAGAAUAGGGAUGUCUUCCGAUCAUCAAUACAGUGGG